UCACGUGUUAGAUCACGUGACUAUUUCCGGUCAUACUUGUUGUUUGAGGAUCGUUUAGAGACGUUUGUCGAUUGGCCUAAAUCUAAACCUACACCAAUCUCUUUGGCUGAAGCUGGGUUUUAUUACCUUCAAUACGAAGAUACUGUAGAAUGUUUUGUGUGUCGCCAUAAACUGAAAGAAUGGCAGUCUGACGAUUGUGCUUGGGAUGAACAUCGACGUCAUUCCCCACACUGUCUUUACCUGAAA